CUGACCAGCUGGCAUCAUGGUGGCGCCUGUGCUUGAGGUUUCUCACGUGUUUUGCUGCCCGAACCGAGUCCGCGGAGCUUUGAGCUGGAGCCCGGGGCACGGAGGGCUUUUGGCUUUCGGCACGUCCUGCUCGGUGGUUCUGUAUGACCCUCAGAAAAGGGUGGUUGUAACCAACCUGAACGGACAUACUGCUCGAGUCAACUGUUUACAGUGGAUAUGUAAACAGAAUGGCUCUCCUUCUACUGAAUUAGUCUCUGGAGGAUCUGACAAUCAAGUCAUUCAUUGGGAAAUAGAGAAUAAUCAGCUAUUAAAAGCAAUUCAUCUCCAAGGCCAUGAAGGGCCAGUCUAUGCGGUGCAUGCUGUUUACCAGAGGAGGGCAGCAGAUGCUGUAUGGCACACAUUGAUAGUUUCUGCAGCUGCAGAUUCUACUGUUCGACUCUGGACUAAAAAGGGUUCAGAAGUGACAUGCCUUCAGACCUUGAACUUUGAAAGUGGAUUUGCUCUAGCUGUCUGCUUGUCUUUUUUGCCUAAUACUGAUGUACCAAUAUUAGCAUGUGGUGAUGAUGACUGCAGGAUUCAUUUAUUUGUUCAACAAGAUGAUCAGUUUCAGAAAGUGAUUUUGCUCCGUGGACAUGAGGAUUGGAUAAGAGGUGUGGAGUGGGCAGCCUUUGGUAAUGAUCUUUUCCUAGCAAGCUGUUCACAAGAUUGCCUGAUAAGAAUGUGGAAGCUGUAUAUAAAGUCCACAUCUUCAGAAGCUCAGGAUAAUAUAAGACUGAAGGAAAACACUUUUACUGUGGAAAGUGGAAGUAUUAAAAUAACAUUUGCGGUUAUUCUGGAGACUGUGCUGGCUGGUCAUGAAAACUGGGUAAAUGCAGUUCAUUGGCAACCCUCCUUUUACAAAGAUGGUGUUCUACAGCAGCCAAUGAGAUUGUUGUCUGCUUCAAUGGAUAAAACCAUGAUUCUUUGGGCUCCAGAUGAAGAGUCAGGAGUUUGGUUAGAACAGGUUCGAGUAGGUGAAGUUGGUGGAAAUACUCUGGGAUUUUAUGAUUGCCAGUUCAAUGAAGAUGGCUCUAUGAUCAUUGCUCACGCUUUCCAUGGAGCAUUGCACCUUUGGAAGCAGAACACAUUUAACCCAAGAGAAUGGACUCCAGAGAUUGUCAUAUCAGGACACUUUGAUGGUGUUCAAGAUCUAAUGUGGGAUCCAGAAGGAGAAUUCAUUAUUACUGUUGGCACUGACCAGACAACUCGUCUUUUUGCUCCAUGGAAGAGAGAAGACCAGUCGCAGGUGACUUGGCAUGAAAUUGCAAGACCUCAGAUUCAUGGUUAUGACCUGAAAUGUUUGGCAAUGAUUAGUCGAUUUCAGUUUGUAUCUGGAGCAGAUGAAAAAGUUCUUCGAGUUUUUUCUGCACCUCGGAAUUUUGUGGAAAAUUUUUGUGCUAUUUCAGGGCAAUCACUGAAUCAUGUGCUUUGUGAUCUAAGUCAAGACGGCAGUCUUCCAGAAGGAGCUGCUGUCCCUGCAUUGGGAUUAUCAAAUAAAGCUGUUUUUCAGGGAGAUAUAGCUUCUCAGCCUUCUGAUGAAGAGCAGCUGUUAACUAGUACUGGCUUUGAAUAUCAACAAGUGCCCUUUCAACCUUCUCUACUUACUGAGCCUCCCACUGAGGAUCACCUUCUGCAGAACACUCUGUGGCCUGAAGUUCAAAAGCUAUAUGGACAUGGUUAUGAAAUAUUUUGUGUUGCUUGUAACAAUUCAAAGACUCUACUUGCCUCGGCCUGUAAGGCAGCUAAGAAAGAGCAUGCAGCUAUCAUUCUUUGGAACACUACAUCUUGGAAACAGAUCCAAUUUUCAGUCUCUUUGCCUUCACCAACAAAAUCACUUCUGUGCACAGUAGAAUUAUUUGGUCCUGUGAUUGGAGUCCUGAUAGUAAAUAUUUCUUCACUGGGAGUCGAGACAAAAAGAUAUGUGGUUGCAAUUGGAUUAGAAUGUGGUAAGAUUUGCUUAUAUACUUGGAGAAAGACUGAUCAAGUGCCAGAAAUAAACGACUGGAACCGGUGUGUAGAAACAAGUCAAAGCCAAAGUCAUACACUUGCUAUCAAGAAAUUAUGCUGGAAGAAUUGCAAUGGAAAAACCAAACAGAGUGAAGAAGAAGAUGGUGACUGGCUCCAUUUGGCAAGUUGUGGUGAAGAUCACACUGUGAAGAUAUACAGAGUUAACAAAUGUGCACUGUGAUGGACUCAGAACCACACACAAUCACUGUUGUAUUAAAACACUCAUGUAAAUACUCCACCUUUAUCUACUUCAAGAUUGAAUUGAUUUUUAUUUGUGAGAUAACAAUGAUCCUAUUUGAGAGCCUUAAAAUCUGAUGAAAGCUAAGGACUCUUUUCUGAUAUGUAAAAUACACACAGAUAUCCAGAACUUUGCUUAUACUUUUCUGAGAUUCUUUGACUUGCCUCUGUGUGUCCCAGAAUAAGAACAUUUUUUUUUCUUCCUGACCAAAUUUGCCUGGUUUUGUGUUCUUUUGGGGCCUUUUCAUUUGCCUCCUUGUCUUAAUCCAUUUUGUGUUGCUAUAACAAAAUCAGGCUGGAUACUUUAUAAAGAAAGGAAGUUUAUGAAAUUCAAGAGCUAUGAAGGUCCAAGGGCCUGGCCCUGGCAUCUCCUCUGUACUAGUGACAGCCUCAUGGUAGAUAGAAUCACAGUGGUUUUUCUUCACAUGGUUAGGCUGAUACUCAGAACAGUACCUUCUCAUGAGAACGCACCUCAGAGAUAAAUUAUCCCUGUUAAAAAAGUAAUAGUUCCUCUUACAGGCCUUAUUACCUCCCAGUAGGCCUCACUUCUUAAAAGUUCAGGCAUUUCUCAACAUGAACAUCACCACAUUGAGGACCAAAAUUCCAGUUCAUGGAGCCUUUGAGGAACACAUUCAAACAAUAUCCUGACUACAGCAUUCUUUUUAGGACUCUUCACAAUUAUUUAUUGUCCUCUUCAGAGGAAAGAUAUGGAAAAUAAAAAAGGAAACCAAUAUUAUUUUUAUCAUAGCAUUCUUUAUAAACACACCACACCCAGUAUUUUAACUGUCUUGACCUGUUCUUCCUAGUAUUUACAUUCUAGAAAUUUGUCAUGUUGUCCUGUUCUUUAUGCUAUAAAGGCACAUGGAUUCUUCUUUUAGGGGUUUACUUAAAUACAAUAUCCUGACUCUUAAAAUGAUAGAUUUAAUUGCUGAGAAAUGAGUUCCAGGUCAUCUGAAUUUAUGUGCUGGAUAAAGCCAGGAGAAUGCAGGAUGUAUGUUCCCAGGGAGGAGGUAGAGGGAAGAAGAAGGCAAUAGAAACAAUGUUGGGUGUGCCGGCUGAGGGUUAGACAUAGGUCAGGACAGAUGGAGAUUAGAGAUUGGGCUUUGUAUAGGGAGAAGUUAGGGGUGAUGAGAGUUUUCAGAGGUAUCCUGGAACUGCUGUUAAAGUGGCAUUUGCCUCACUGGCUGGGACACAGUUACUUCUGGCAUGUUGAACACACUGAAAGAAGGCAGGUGAGGAUUUUGUGGUGGGAUGCCAUGGUCUAGCAUGUAUUUCUUCCAAAGGAGUUUAGUCAUACUUUCUAG